GAUAUUUUGAAUUACGAAACCCAAAUCCCCAUCCUCGUCAAACGCAGGAUUAUUGAAUUUAAUUUCCCUCUGUACUUGGGAUAUCGGAACUCCCAAGUAACUGAUCGGUUGGGAAGUCGUCUUCGUCGACCAGCAUUGCGAUCAAGACAAUCACCAUCGUUCUUCUUCUUCCUCUUCAAGUGCCAAUUCUCUGGGAGAGCUCCCAUUCCAUCCAGAUCGAACGGUCGAUAACUGUGACAUCACUUUAAGAGUCGAUGAGAAUCUACUGACUCUCUCUCUCUCUCUCUCUCUCUCUCUCUGUGCUGACGAAAAUACCGGGCAAGGCGAUGCAUAGCCGGGCGCUGCAAAACCGACCAUCUGGUUCUUCUUUCGGGUCUCGAAUUUCGGUUCUCUUGCUCGCUAUGUUCGCCACCAUGGCCACUGUUUACGUGGCCGGCCGACUCUGGCAGGAUGCUGAGAAUAGAGUGUAUUUGAUUCAAGAGCUUGACAAAAGAACUGGCCAGGAUCAAUCUGCCAUUUCGGUUGAUGAUACAUUGAAACUUAUAGCCUGCAGGGAACAACAGAAGAAGUUGUCAGACCUUGAAAUGGACCUGGCUGCCGCUACACAGGAAGGUUUUGUUCCAAAGCACUCGUCAAAAAUUGGUGGGACUCAUGCUAAGAAAAAGACUUUAGCGGUCAUAGGAAUUAUUACGACAUUUGGCCGAAAGAAAAAUAGAGAUGCUAUUCGCAAGGCAUGGAUGCCAACUGGGGCUGCUCUAGAAAAGUUGGCUGAUGAAAAGGGCAUCAUUGUGCGAUUUGUAAUAGGCAGAAGUGCAAAUCGUGGAGACAGCUUGGACAGAGAAAUUGAUAAUGAAAAUAGGCAGACCAAAGAUUUCAUCAUUCUUGAUGGUCAAGUUGAGGCAACUGAAGAGCAUCCAAAAAAGAUGAAGUCAUUUUUUAUUCAUGCAGUGGAGAAUUGGGAUGCUGAAUUUUAUGCUAAGGUCAAUGAUGAUGUCUAUGUUAACAUCGAUGCCUUGGGAGCAAUGUUAACUACUCAUUUGGAUAAGCCUCGUCUUUAUAUGGGGUGUAUGAAAUCAGGCGAAGUUUUUUCUGAGCCGACCCACAAAUGGUAUGAACCAGACUGGUGGAAAUUUGGCGAUAAAAAAUCAUAUUUUCGACAUGCUUCGGGGGAACUAUAUGUAAUCUCAAAAGCACUGGCUCGGUUCAUAUCAAUAAACAGAUCUAUUCUACGUACAUAUGCUCAUGAUGAUGUUAGCAGUGGAUCAUGGUUUAUUGGGCUCGAUGUGAAUCACAUUAAUGAACCGAAGUUUUGCUGCUCCUGGUCAUCAGGGGCAAUUUGUGCAGCCGUGUGACCGGAGUUGCUUCCAAUCUGAAUUAGCAGAGCAUUUGGUACAUAUAGCAACAGAAGACCAUUCUUCGCAUCAGAGGUGUUUUUAAUGUGAAUUCAUAAAGUCAUCAUAAGGAUUUUUUUUUUUAUGCCAACAGCCGACUCCAUCUAUCUCAAAAGCAUGGAUUUGUUGAUUUGAGAGAUUUUCCAGAAUACAGAGCCUAACUUGCCAAUCAGUAUUUUUCAACAGGCUAAGGCUACAGGUACUAGAAUAGUUCUCAUUCUCAAUUACUUUGAAAGAUCACUUGUAUUUCAAAUUUUCUACGGAUGAUGUAUUAUAAUCAACUCCAUUUUCCAUCAUCAUUCUCAAAGAAUUCUUCUUCUCUAAAGCCUUUCCAUGUAAUAUUUCAAAUUACUCUAUAAUUAGGGAACGGAAAUUAGAUGAAUCCACAUAAUAAUGUUUGAUUUGGUUGGA